AUCUGGAUCGCAAAUUUCAGCUUGAACCGGUGUCUACAGAACUAGAAGUGGGCAAUCGCUUGGUUCUUACAUGCAUACCUCCGAAGGGAAAGCCGGAACCGGAGGUAUACUGGAUGAAAGACGGCAAACGUGUCACAAAAGAUGCAUUUCCGCAUAUCAUCAUCAAUGACUACAACCACCUACUUAUUGAAAACGCAACCGUUUCGGACAGUGGUAACUACAGCUGCGUCGCCGAAUGUAUCGGAAUUGAGUAUCGGUAUGCCACAGCAAAGGUGAACAUUCAUGAUCCUAUAGCCAAGAAAAUACACAAUCCUCGCCUGGAAAGCCAGACACUUCAUGAUACUACUGAACUACAAAAGUUAAUUCGUACACAUGAAGUCGCCAUUUACGUAUGCCUUCUCCUUUUUCUGGCAUUCGUACUCGUCGUAGUGGCUUUGGUUGCUAAUCGAAAGCGCAAACUGCAACGGAUGACCAAUUCUGGAUACUGUUUCACUAGUUGUUUGGGCGGUGAGGUGUAUGUAACUUAG